GGUCGUUAUCACCCACUUCCACUCUCAAAUUUCGCAUUUUCCGGCGUUGCAGUCGUCGUCGCGCACAUUCUCGCCGCGAGGUCGCUUGUGCGUCCUCACAAGACCCCGUUCGCAAAGCCGCCCAAAACGCUCUCGUUCACGACCAGGAACGCCCACGCUCACGACCGAUUCCACGACCAUCUCUCUGACUUUGUCAAGCCAUGGCGGAUUCUAGCACCGAGAUUGACCUCGAUUCGGUCAUUGACAGGCUUUUGGAAGUGCGCGGAAAUCGUCCCGGGAAGCCUGUGCAGCUUGCAGAGUACGAAAUAAAGUAUCUGUGCACAAAAGCACGCGAGAUCUUCAUUAAUCAGCCCAUCCUCCUCGAGCUCGAAGCUCCCAUCAAGAUAUGCGGUGACAUCCACGGGCAGUACUACGACCUCCUGCGGCUCUUCGAGUACGGCGGAUUCCCACCAGAGGCAAAUUAUCUAUUUCUGGGCGAUUACGUCGAUCGUGGCAAGCAGUCGUUGGAGACCAUCUGUCUGUUGUUGGCGUACAAGAUCAAGUACCCGGAGAACUUCUUUGUACUGAGGGGCAACCAUGAAUGUGCGAGCAUCAACAGGAUUUAUGGUUUCUACGACGAAUGCAAGCGCAGAUACAACAUCAAGCUCUGGAAAACGUUCACCGACUGCUUUAACUGCCUACCCAUCGCCGCCAUUAUUGACGAGAAGAUUUUCACAAUGCACGGUGGUCUAUCACCCGACCUCCAGUCGAUGGAGCAGAUUCGGAGAGUGAUGAGGCCCACGGACGUCCCGGAUACGGGUUUACUCUGCGAUCUCCUCUGGUCAGACCCAGACAAGGACAUCACAGGGUGGUCAGAGAACGAUCGAGGAGUGUCGUUCACGUUCGGGCCCGACGUCGUGUCCAGAUUCCUGCAGAAGCACGAUAUGGAUCUCAUAUGCCGCGCACAUCAGGUCGUCGAAGAUGGCUAUGAGUUCUUUGCGAAGCGACAUCUGGUGACCCUUUUCUCGGCGCCUAACUAUUGCGGCGAGUUCGACAACGCAGGAGCGAUGAUGAGUGUGGACGAGACGCUUCUGUGUUCGUUCCAGAUUCUGAAGCCGGCCGAGAAGAAGGCAAAGUACCCGUACGGUGGUGUGAAUAUGGGGCGGCCGGUUACGCCACCGCGCAAACAGAAGAAGAAGGACGCGAGCAAGAUGGGCUGAGGGACACCCUGUCAGUACAUCCUUCUCUCCU